UUCUCUCCUUAUUAGAAAAGAUUUGCUGAAGAUAACUGUCUCUACUACCCUCAAAUCUUCAAUAUACCGAAAUAACGUUUGAUUUCAGAAAAAAAUCGUACCCAUAUACACAGAUGAGGUAUCUACACAGCGAACAGCACCAAAACCUAACACCACGACCGUCGAAGCCCUUAGCGAUGAGAUGCUGCAAGAGAAGAUUGCGGAACUCACGAAUGCUAAGAUUAAAUAUGGAAAAUUUGACAAUAUGACCUCGAUCGAGCUCCGAGAUGGAUCCGCUAUGCCUGUUAUUGCAGUUGGCACAGCUUUGCUGGAACCAAAGCUGAUCAAACAUAUAAUAGGCGCUGCGAUAGAUCUCGGCUACCGCGCCAUAGACACCGCAUUCAUCUACGGAAACGAGAAACUAGUAGGCGAGGCGAUACAGGCUAAAAUAAACGACGGAACUGUAAGACGUGACGAGUUGUACAUAAUGGCCAAGCUGUGGAGUACGUUCCAUCGGCGUGACCUGGUGUUGAAGGCCUGCAAGCAGUCCUUGGAAAUAAUGGGGUUGGAGUACUUCGACCUUUACUUAAUACACAAUCCUAUGUCGCUUAAGGAGGGUGACAACCCUUUACCAAAAAUCGCGAAUGUUCUCCAAUACUCCGAGCACGAUUACCUCGAAGCCUGGUACGGUAUCGAGGACCUGAUACAACAGGGUCUCGUGAAAAGGGGGGGAGUGAGCAACUUCAACUCUGUGCAAGUUGAGAAAGUUUUGGACAAGGGGAAGAUUAAGCCAGUUAUAAAUCAGGUCGAAAGUCAUCCAUACUUGACACAACAACGCUUGGACGAAUUCUGUACGACUCGCAAUGUCAAGCUAAGCUGCUUCGGUGUGUUGGGCUCUAAGGGGACACCAUUGGAACUGAAGAGUGAUUUACCACCAGUUAUAGAUGAUCCUUUAGUUAAGGUCAUGUCUGCGGGAUUGGGGAUCAAGCCAAGCCAGCUGCUUAUAGCAUAUCAAAAACAAGCGGGCCGCAAUGUAGUCGUUAAAUCAACUAGCGCUACUCACUUGUGGGAUAAUUUACAAGCGCUGAACUUGAAACUGGAUGAGUCCAAUAUUACGGCGCUUAACGCCCUCAACAGGAACAAGCGUACAUUCACAUUUGUGGGAAUGGGAGAGACUCACAAGAACUAUCCUUUUAAUAUACCUUUUUAAUUAUUAAUAGUUCUUGACAGAAGUGACGAGACGAAUUCGAGCCAUUUUU